AUGAAAGCAGUGGGAAACAGAAACACUAUGGCUGCCACUCUGUCUCUUACUCAGCUUUCCAGUGGAAAUCCCAUCUAUGACAAAUAUUAUCGACAGGUGGAUCCCACAGGGAGCGGGCGGGUGGCGGCAGCAGAUGCGGCUCUUUUCCUGAAGCAGUCGGGUUUGGCUGACAUGGUCCUGGGGAAGAUUUGGGAUUUGGCAGACAUUGAAAGAAAGGGUUUCCUUAACAAACAGCAAUUCUUCAUAGCAUUGCGGUUGGUUGCUUGUGCUCAGAAUGGCCUGGAGGUGGCGCUUAAGAGUCUUAAUGUGGCUGUUCCUCCGCCCAAAUUUCAUGAUACAAGCAGCCCGCAGUUGGCAAAAGGAGUGGCUGCUGAUGCACCCUGGGUAGUUAAGCCAGAGGAGAAGAUGAAGUUUGACGCAAUUUUUGAGAGUUUGGGUCCAGUUGGAGGGAUGCUGUCAGGAGACAAGGUUAAACCGGUUCUGCUCAACUCCAAGCUGCCUGUGGACAUCCUGGGCAGGGUGUGGGAGCUCAGUGACCUGGAUAGAGAUGGCAUGUUGGAUAGAGAUGAAUUUUCUGUGGCAAUGUUUCUGGUUUAUAGAGCACUAGAAGGCGAGUCCGUUCCCAUGUCCCUACCGCCUCCUUUAGUUCCACCCUCUAAGAGGAAAAAACCCGCGGCGGCACCCGUGAUGCCCCUGUUACCCUCACCUCCCUCUGUGAAAGACAGUCGCUCCUCCCAUACCAGCGCGAAGACCCUUCCCCACCCUCCCAAACCCGCGCCAGCUCCUGCCCCAACACCAGCAGCCGCCCCUUGGGUUGUAUCGGCGGCAGAGAAAGCCAAGUACGAUGAACUGUUCAGCAAGACGGAUGGCGACAUGGACGGCUUGGUGUCUGGAGCAGAAGUCAGAGAUAUUUUUCUCAAAACUGGGUUGCCGUCUGCCACUCUCGCACGAAUCUGGGAGCUGUGUGACAUUGGAGACAUGGGAAAGCUGACUCGUGAACAGUUUGCCUUGGCACUUUAUCUGAUCAAUCUGAAGCUGACGAAAGGCCUGGAGCCACCACAGACUCUCUCCCCGGAAAUGAUUCCUCCGUCUGACAGACAAAACAGCAAGCAGAACAAUGCAAACCUGGCAGCUGACUUCUCUGCCAUUAAGGAACUCGACACCCUCAGCAACGAGAUUGUUGAAUUACAAAGAGAGAAGAUCUCUGUGGAAGAGGAAAUCAAAGAGAAGGAGGAGGCUAUCCGACAGCAAACAGAUGAAGUACAGGACCUUCAAGAUGAAGUGGCGAAGGAGACCGAGGAGCUUCAGCGGCUGCAGUCUCAGCGUCAGAAGGUCCAAGAGGCUUUAGACGAGCUCGACCAACAGAAGAACACCUUGGAGGAGCAGCUCAGCCUCAUUCGACAGCAGACCAGCCAAGAGACACAACUUAUUUCGUCGCUGCAGUCUGAGCAUGAGGAGCAGGAACAGAAGAUCUGUCAGUACGAGGAGGAGCUGGUUCAGGCACGAGAGGAGCUUCUGGCCCUGCAGGAAGAGAGCCGGAAGCUGCAGGAGAAAGUCCAAGCUGCUCAGGAGCAACUCACCCCUCUGCAGGAAUCUGUGCGGGACUCCUUCACUCAAGUUUCUCAGGUUCAGCAGAAAGUACAAGACCUUCGCCUGGAAGAGAGGUCAGUGACGGCACAGCUCAGCUGGAAGAGAGCGCUAGAGGACAGCUCUCCGGUCAUGGUCAAUGGAUCGGCUGGCUCCAUGGCAGAGCUUGACCUCUUCAGUGACGACCUGCCCAAGGAGCUGAAGGAGGAUGAGCCAGCUGCUGUCAGCAAUCAGCAGAAAGAACAUUCAGACAAAAAGGAGAGGGAAGGAGUCGAUGAGAAAGAAGGACAGAAGCAGGAACAGAGUGCAAAGGCUGCAGAGGAGGAGAAGAGUAAACCUGAUGCCCUGGAUGACCUCUUCUCCUGUCUGGCCACCACGGAUAUGUACAGCAGUCUGUCGUCCAUCUCUAAGACUCGAGAUAAUGCAGUUGGGCAGGAAAACAAUAUUGUGGCACCUGAUGUCUCAUCUGACGCCUCCGAUGUUGAGUCACUAAAAGAGAGUCCACUGAAGGUCGACUCUCCAGAGCCAGAGAGCCAACAGGACCAAACAGAGUCUACAGAAUCGACGCCCUCCCCGUUGCCUCCGCAGGCCGGCGCUCGCUCCCUGCCACCACAGACGAGCCCCCCCUCCCUGCCAGAGAUGGACUUCUUCCAUUCAGACCCUUUCACCGACCAUGAUCCAUUCAAAGAAGAUCCUUUUGGAAAAGCAGAUGUUGCAGAUCCUUUUGGAGGAGAUCCAUUUAAAGGCUCAGACCCUUUUGCUGCAGACUCUUUCUUCACCCAGCCCUCCAGCAACACUUUUCCCUCAAAGGACCCAUUUUCAGCCUCAGGUGACCCAUUUGGCACUACUCCUGGAAUACCAGAACCGGACCUCUUUGCAGCCAAGGCUAAGGAUGAACCUGCAGCACCUCCACCACCUUCAACAACACCAACCCCAGACCCAUUUGCCUCCAAGACCACCAAUCCAGCAUCCAGUGAUCCCUUCAGCUCCACAGGGGACAACUUGGAUUCAGACCCAUUUGGAAGCAAACUGAACAACGCCGGGGAGCCGGAUCCGUUUAGUUCACAAGACGGAGGGUCAGAUCCGUUCAGCUCUUCUUCCACGAGCUCCGAUCUAGCAGUGAAGGACUCGGCGCCAUCUAAUGAUCCCUUUGCUCCAGGAGGCACCACAGUGAGCACCACCUCAGAUCCAGAUCCGUUCGCUGCUGUGUUUGGCAACGAGUCGUUUGGAGGAGGAUUUGCAGAUUUCAGUGCUUUGACAAAGGCAAACGGUCCUGACCAGUUUGGCAUCAACAACAAGAACCUGUUCCAGGAGGACAGCCAGCCUGCCAACUCUGACGUGCCCCCUGCCCUGCCGCCUAAAACGGGUACGCCAACUAGACCGCCCCCCCCACCUCCAGGUAAGAGAGCGUCCGUCUCUAGGACAGAGUCCUCCGACUCCUUCCAGCGACGAGGACACUUCCUUCAGACCUCUGGAGACUUCUCCUCCUCUUCCUCCCUACCUGCCAAGGACCCCUUAGCCGACCCCUUCGCCCCCUCCUCCCCUCCUCGCCACAACGUGCGGGAAGCUGAUCGAUUUGCCAGCUUUGACAAAUAUCCAACCGAGGAAGACAUGAUAGAGUGGGCAAAGCGCGAGAGCGAGCGAGAGGAAAAGGAACGGCUAGCAAGGCUCACCCAGCAGGAGCAAGAGGACCUGGAGCUCGCCAUCGCUCUAAGCAAGUCUGAGCUCUCCUGAGGAGGCGGCUCCCCUCAGCCGGGCUGGCGCCGCACAGCCUGACCCGGCCCGAAAAGCACCAAAGCAACACGGGGGACUUGCACAGGUCUGAUGCAGCAGCUCCUGCGGAGACUUCAAACUGUUCCCAGAAACAUUCAGCGCCUCUCUGCCCCCUUCGACCUGCUCACUGUUCUCACAUCGCAGUAAAACGCUUCUCCAUUCUGCUGGUCUGCACGGGUUUGACUGAAGGAGAAGAUGCAAGAGUUAAGAGACACGGAGGAGGAAAAUGAACCAAGAUGGCUACAAACUCCCCUUUAAGCCUGCAGAAUCUAACUUAUUUUAACAUGCACUCAGAACUAAGCUGAGAUGGUCCGUUUUCUGCCACUAACAACACUACUCCACUUUUUUCUUUUCUAAGGGAUUCAACAUUCGCGUACUGUAGUACGCAGAAAUCCCCGACUUUUCUCUGCGCUCUCCAAUCAUCCUGCAAAAACCACAUUUGGCUGUGAAAAUUUGAGGUUUUGUGUAACAAAAUGUAGCGUCUGUAAGUCUAUUUUAAGUAGCCCUUUUAAACUGAGCGAUCAUGUAUUGCUUGGAGAUCUGAUCAGUUUUUUCCCCUGUAAGUGAACUUUUCUACAUGUAUUCCCUGAAAUCCUGUGAAAUGUAAACUGCAUGUAAAGACAAGAAGAAAAACAAACAUGUCCAUUAUAUCAGUCUUCUGCAGGAAAUGAUAUGUUUCAUGUUUUUACUCAUUUCUCUUCUUUUAUGUGUGAUAUGUUUGAAGAUUAGGGAUUAAAACUACUUCCUUACAAUGGCAUUUAAUUUUUGGAACACUAUAUUUAGGGUUGCUGAAUAUUAAAAGAAUCAUUUUUGAUAUAAAUGUAAUCUAUUCCUACCUGAUUACUCGGUUUUAUAAAUGGUAGAAACAUUUCAUAAAUGUGGCAUAGCUGAUUUUUCCCACCCCCCUUUAAUUUUUGACACAACCAGAAAGUUUGGAUGCUAACAUUUAAAUUUGAAACAUUUAAUCGUUUCUGGGUUUAUGUUGGUGUCGUUUAGAUUUUCUCAGUGAAACUGAUCUCCCUAAGGGAAAGUCUAAAAGAAAAAUUGUUUUAAUUUUGUUUUGAUAAAUCUCUCAUUUGAUCAGAUUUCAAAGCGUUGCUGUGGUUGGUGCUCAUUCUCUUGGUGUUCCCAGGUGUUUUUCAGGAGAUUUCCAUCCUUUAUGUCCAUCAGUCGUUGCAUCUCAGUGGAUUUCUUUUAUAUUUUCAGCAGAUCUUUCUCUGAGUCAAUGUUGUGUUGGAUCUCUGUGAGGAUUUAGCUCACCAGCUCGUGCUGUGACGAUAAAUCCUCACAUUUUACUCUAUCUUCAUGCCUUAUCACAUCCCUUAUCGCACUAACAGCUGCCUGUGCUUUUUUUUUUAUUUUUAUUUUUUUUAAAUAAUCUGGUGUUUUCUCCCAGUAGAGGUACUUGUCACACGUAAAAGCUGGAUUCUCGUAAGGGAAGAUUUGGCUGAAAAACAGACUGCCUCCAUUUCUUUUUAAAUCACUUGUUGAUCAAAUAUACCACAGCAUUAUGGAUCGCUUCUGUUAUGACUUUUACCAUGAGUCCUGUUUAUGUUUAACCCAACUACUAUCUGUGAUUAAAAACAGCACUUUUUAACAAGUGCAGCAUCGUGUUGAAGUUUAUUGUAUAUACAAGAUUUGCAUGUCUGUUUCCUGAGUCUGUUAUGCCAGUGUUAAUAGUUUGUUUCUUCUUCUUUUUUUUUUUUUUUAUAAAGGCCAUCUUACUGUCCUUUUGUACAGACAAAUCCAGAACCACUCAUGCUUGUAGACUUACUCUUAAAGUCUUUUUAAAUCUCGAACUUAUUGUAUUUUAUUUUGUAUUUUCUAACUUGUAAGAAAGAUCAUUAUCGGGAGGCUUAACCAGAAAAAAAAUUGUAACACAUUUAAUUGAAACUGAAUAAAUAUUAAAAUGUGUAGUUUUG